UCCUUCAAGGUGCAGCCCUUGUAUAUAAAAGAAAUGUCCCCUGUUUUUAAAAGAAAAUAUUAAACCAUGGUUACUGCUUAAAUAAGAAAUGCCAUGUGGUUUUGCAUAAUGUAUGUCAUUACAUAAUAUUUCCAUUGAUCAUAUGACACAAAUCUCUGCAUCGCAACAACUCAAGGUUGCAUCUGCCUUCAGCACCCAGUCUCAGUCGGCAGCUGCCUGGGGAGUUUUCCCUCUCACCCCAUGUCCUAGUGACUCUGGGGAGCCCUGAGCUGCAUGUGGCUGCUGGCACGUUGUGUCACACGGCAUCUGAUGGACUGAGCUGCUGUGGAUUUGCCAGUCUGUUUCUGAACCUGCUGGCAGUUUUGGCCUCCGGUGCAGCCUGUGACAGUGACUGCCAUGGGUUAAUUACAUUUCCUGGGGAGAAAGGUCUGUGUUCUGUAGUUUGAAAGCAACUGCCAUGGAUCUUCACUGAGGGCUGGUGCUUCCAGAGAGAAAAGAAGAAACCUGAUCCUUGCACGCACUCAUUGCGUUUCAUGAGUCGGCGCUUUUGGGAUCUCGUUCAGUGGUAACAAUCUGCGCUGAGCUCUUGCAACUUGUCUCUGCUGUCUCACACUCUUGCUGUGCUACAGUCUCACACAUGGCGAACGAAUUGAGGCCCUGUCCAUGUGAUAUUGGAGACAGGUUUGACUACGGAGGCCGUGGGCAGGAAGUGCAAGUUGAGCACAUCAAGGCCUAUGUUUGCAAACCACCUGCCAGCACGGAAAAAGCUGUGAUUGUGAUUCAUGAUAUAUUUGGAUGGGAACUCCCAAACACCAGAUACAUAGCUGAUAUGCUGACAACUAAUGGAUACAUAGCGAUCUGCCCAGACUUUUUUGUGGGCCAAGAAGCUUGGAAACCUUCUAAUGACUGGGCAAUUUUCAAGGAUUGGCUGAAAACUCGAGAGGCCAGCAAAAUAGACAAGGAAGUUGCUGUCGUCCUGAAGUAUCUGAGGGAACAAUGUGGUGCAAAGGAGAUUGGUGUCAUUGGGUUUUGCUGGGGUGGAGCAGCAGUACAACAUCUGAUGCUGAAAAAUCCUCAUAUGAAGACUGGAGUGUCCCUCUAUGGAGUGAUCAGGUACUUUGAAAGCAGAUCCAAUUUGCUUCAUCCCACCUUUUUCAUUUUUGCUGAAAAGGAUGAUCAUGUGCCAUUGGAAGAGGUCACCCUACUGGAGCAGAAACUUAAACAAAACUGCAAAGUUGAUUAUGAAGUUAAAAUCUACCCUGGACAGACUCAUGGGUUUGUACAUCGCAAAAGAGAAGAUAUCAAUCCUCAAGAUAAGCCUUUCAUUGAAGAAGCAAGAAAGGAUAUGAUCAACUGGCUGAAUAAAUACCUUUAGCAUAAAGAAAUGCCCAUAAAAGAAGCCAAGUGUUGUGGGACAUCAGAAAAUAAUAAAUACUAUAUUGAUUAAAAAGUU